AUCUAUAUCUCUCUAUCCAUAUUGAUCACUAAAUUAGUACUACAUAUAUAAAUAUAUAUAACAUAUAUCUCUGCAGCCUGGGCGUCGGUAGUGAUUUAUAAAUAAUAAUCAAUACAGCUGCAAACUCAGAAUGGGAGAAAGAUUAACAGAACAACAACUUGCUGAGUUCCAAGAAGCAUUCUGUCUUCUCGACAAAGAUGGAGAUGGGUGCAUCACAAUAGACGAAUUGGGCAUUGCCAUAAGAUCAUUGGAUCAACAUCCAACAGAAGAUGAACUGCAAAGCAUGAUCAACGAAGUAGAUCUCGAUGGCAAUGGAACCAUAGAGUUGGGGGAGUUCUUGGAUCUUAUGGCAAGAAAAAUGAAGGAAACUGAGGCAGAAGAUGAACUCAGAGAAGCAUUCAAAGUCUUUGACAAAGAUCAAGAUGGCUACAUUUCGCCCACUGAGUUAAGGCAUGUUAUGAUAAAUCUUGGGGAGAGAUUAAAAGAUGAAGAAUUAGAUCAAAUGAUCAGAGAAGCUGAUUUAGACGGUGAUGGUCUUAUCAAUUACGAAGAAUUCGUGAGGAUGAUGUUGGCUGCUUAAUAUAUUAUUAAUUCAUUAAUUAAUGCCAAGCUUCACUUCUCCAAGCAACCAUUCUAGGCUUUUUUUUUUUCCUUUUAAUUAUUUAAAAAAUAAUAAUCAUUACUUUUAAUCUUUUGUGCAGUGAUUUAAUUUAAGGAUCACAAUCACAUGUUAACACUGUUAUCUUUGUAUUGUCUGUUAUAUAUUGGAAAGAAAUAAAUAAAUAUUAUUGGACAAUAAUUAUUUUUAA